GUCUACCACCACUGCCUGUACGGCAUCCGACAGGACUUCGUCUGCGCCAACUACACCGCCUUCGACAUGCGCACCUUUAUCUGCCAGUUCGUCAACCUGGUGGACUGCGAGAACUCCGACUCGUACACGUACCGUAACGAGCCACUCUACAAGUUCACGACGACCGAGGCGCCAAAAAAGAAGCGGCCGUUCCGGCGGCGGCCGGAAGAGGAGGAAGAUCAGUACUACUACGACGACGAUCUGGACUACUACUAUGACGACGACUACUACUACGACGACGUGACCACGACAACGACUACGACGACGACCACGACGACGACGACGCCGGACGCGCAGGCGUUCCCCGACUACGGCGCCGCCGCCGUCAGAGGCGCGGGGCGGGCGGGCGCGGCGGCAGCGGCCGACGCGGCGGUCCAGUCCACCCUGCCGAAGACGCCGUUGCAGGGAGAUGACUACGACUACGGGGAGGUGGUGAAGGCGAGUAGGCCGGUGGGGGCCAACCGAGCGGCCGCCAAGUCCCGGCUGCGGCCCCGGAAGCGACCCGCGCGGACCCAGCCGCAGUACGCAGACUAUGACGGCCAGGCGGUGGCGGCGGCGGAGGAGGUGCCGGUUGUCGAGGAGCCCCUGUAUGACUACGACUUCGAAGAUGACUCUGCUCCGGUCCCGGUGACGGCUCGGGCCCAGGCGCGCGCGCCGCUCCGGUCGACCCGGCGGCGGCCGGCGGGCCGCCCAAUCCGCGAGCAGGCUCCGCUGCCUCCGCCGCCCGUCAACGUCCAGCUGCCGGAGGCGGCCAUCGCCGAGAACGAGGUGAUCGCCGAGCGCGAACGCGAGCGGCCGACCGGGCGCUUCUCAUCGGCCGGCCGGCGCACCGCCGCCAGCCUGUUCGAGCGCGCGCGCGCCGCCGCGCCGACCAAGCCGCGCGAGUCUGCGCGCAGUCGCCUGCUCGGCGCGCGCCGGCAAUCCAGCCGCCGCACCGUCGACUACGAUUACGAGUACGACGACGAGCCGGAGGCGGCGGCGGCGCCGGCGCCGGCCGGCCGCCGGGACCGCGGCAGUCGACGCUUCCAGCGCGGGGGUACCACGUGAGGGGUGGGGGCCGCCGGUCCCCCGGACUCUGUGAUGACGGCACCCGCGCCGCCCGCCGCGCCGCAUCGUGACGAUCGUCCGGCGGCGGUUGGCCUGCCGCGCGCGCUUCCCGGCGAGGGUUGCGCAGUGCAGCGGCGCCGCGACCCAAGGUCGUGGCGAGGCCUCAGCGGGUGUCGGGGAGGUUUCGUGAAGUAUCCGCCGCGGUCUGGUGCCUCCGCCGCCCGGCGCCAACCGGCAGUGUACAAGACAGCGAGCUGACGCCUAGAGCGCAGAUCCGCGGGGGGAGGGGGGAGGGCAGACCACAGGAGCAGCCCGAGCGCCGCAUGCUCCGA